AUGGCCUCCGAAAUCUCCUUCGCCAAAGCCUUCCUCUCCGCUCUGGACAGCCGACCCAUCAAGCUCCGAGCCGACUAUGUCCACGACUGCCCCAACGCCCGCAUACCAAAGAAAGCCCCCGCCGCGGCCGUCCCGGGCUCCUCGAAAUCCAUCACCGUGGUCCUGAAAUCCGCCCGCAACCCGGCGCUGGAACUCCGCCUGCCCAACGUGCCCCUCGCCACGACGACCGCCACCGACCUGAAGGACGCGGCGCGGGCGCGGAUCGUCGACACUGCGAACGCGAAGCCCGCGCUCGAGAAGAUCAAGAUCCUCUACCGCAAGAAGCCCGUCACGGGGAACAAGACGCUGGCGGAGAUGUUGAGCGAGGAGCCGGCGUUGUUGGUCGGCGGGAAGGAGGUGGAGGUUGCGGUUAUGGUGCUCGGGGGUGGGAGGGUUGUUGCCGAGGGUGAAGGACAAGGAGAACACGAGGGUGAUACGGCAGCGGAGCCGGUUAGCAAGCCGGCGGUUGGGCCGAGUGGGGAGGAGGUGGUCAAGACGGAGGCGUUUUGGGAGGAUUUGCAGGGGUUCUUGGAGCAGAGGGUGAAGGAUGCGGAGGAGGCGAGAAGGUUGAGGGGGCUGUUUCGCGAGGCGUGGGAGGGGAGCAAGUGA